AUGGCCGGACAACAGAUCCCAGAAACAUUCAUGCUGAGCGCUGAGGCUCAGAACAACCUUCCACAGGAUGCUCAGGUAGCCCUGCAGCAAGUUGAUAAUCUCAAAUACUUUCUUCUUUCGGCACCAGUUGACUGGACCAACGAUCAAUACAUUAGACGAUUUCUCCUCCCGACCGGCGAGUACGUUUCGUGCGUGCUCUGGAACAACCUUUUUCACAUCUCCGGCACAGACAUCGUAAGAUGUCUGUCAUUCCGUUUCCAAGCCUUUGGGCGGCCCGUGAAGAACUCCAAGAAGUUUGAGGAGGGCAUCUUCUCGGACCUGCGCAACCUCAAGUCCGGGACGGACGCCACGCUUGAGGAGCCCAAGAGCGCAUUUCUCGAUUUCCUCUACAAGAACAACUGCAUCCGGACACAGAAGAAGCAGAAGGUUUUCUACUGGUACAGCGUCCCCCACGAUAGGCUCUUCCUGGACGCCCUCGAGCGGGACCUAAAGAGGGAGAAGAUGGGCCAGGAAGCCACGACGGCCGCCGUUAGCGAGCCAGCCCUCUCUUUCCAGUUCGAUUCGUCGCAGUCGCUGUACGAGCAACUCACGAAAGCCCAGCAGGCGAACUCGUCGUCCUUCAACCCACAACCUGUCUCUUUCUCUCAGCAACAGAGCACCUCUCCGGUGAUGGCGCCGAUUGACUCGAUGCCCCCUCCGCAGAUGAUGCACCAGCAGAUGCCCCAGCAGAUGCCCCAGCCGAUGCCUCAACAAAUGCCUCAGCAGAUGCCCCAGUCAAUGCCCCCAAUGCCUCAGACGAUGGCUCCGAUGGCGGACGGAAUGGAAGCGAUGGCUCCCUAUGGAGCGAUGUCAAUGACGCCCAGUGUGCCCACACCUCAACCAGCGAUCAAGCGGGAACCCGAGUACUCGCACCCCCGCAUUCAGUACAACCAGAACGGUGUCCCAAUGGCGCAAACGCACCAACGGCACACGUCGAUGCCCGCGUUCGGCCUGGAGUACUCGCCCGCCCCGUCGUUCGUGUCGUCCCACUACGAGGAUUACAGCCAUAGGGUCUCCUACGAGCCAUUGACACCCCCGCAACAAGCACUCGCCAUUGGUGGCGAGCCUGCAUACAUCGCCAACGAGGAGACGGGCCUGUACAGCGCUAUCCCGGACCACCUGAACCCUGUCGGUGCCCUGAAUGGCAUGCUCCACCUCCCGCCGUCAAACUUGACAGGUCCUUCGUUCCCGCGAAGCUAUGGUUCGAACAAUGUGUACUCGUCCGUCAUUGAGGGCUCGCCUACGUAUAAGCAACGGAGGCGGCGCUCAUCCAUCCCUCCUUCGCUCUCGGCCACCACUGCGGCCAUUGCGGCGGCAACCCAGGGCAGCCACCGCCCCUCCGACCUCAGGAGAUCAGUGUCCGCCUCUGUCGGCCCUGUUGCCGAAGGUGAAGAGUCUGGAGACACUUCCCCCCCCGGGUCUGACAUACAGCGCCUCCGGCCAAUGAUGCAUGGUGGCCCCAACGUGGUACGCAGAGCCCGGUCCGCAACCGUCAUGGAACUUGGCCCCUAUCCCCAAAAGUCCCACACCUGCCCCAUCCCCUCCUGCGGUCGCCUCUUCAAGAGAUUGGAGCACCUGAAGCGACACAAGCGCACCCAUGAUCGCAAUGACGGUGCUGAGGGCAACUUCAACUCGGGUGAAGAAGAGGAGCAAUACUCGGGUGAGGACCAGCUGUCCUCGAUCGACGACGCCUCGCCGACCUCCGAGGGCGGCUAUGUUGCCGGGUCGCUCGAUGCGGCCGUCAACAGCAACAACGGUCCUUCACCUCACCGCGAACCAUCAACCAACCAAAGCCACACGCAAACGCAAACGUUUAACAGCCUCCAAACGCUUAGCAUGCCCAUGACCAUGAGCCAACCGCACGCCAUUAAUACGGGCGCUGUCCUGAUAGGGUGGCUGGUGCUCAAGACAAAACUUUCAACAAUGCUUAUAAAAGAUGUCUGA